CCCGCUGCCGUCCAAUCCCAGCCUCGCACACAACCACCCCUCCCUCCCACCCAAUAGCAACCCCCGUCUCCUCCUCACUGUUUUCCCGCGCCGCCCAAUCCCCGCCUGGGAUACUCGCGGCCGGCCCCUCCUCCAAUGAGAAGCGGCGUUGUUGGCGCGGCGGGCGGCGGCGGGGCCAAGAUGGCGGCGGCGCUGUCGGUGCGCGGGGCCGGGCCCGGGCCCGGAGCGGAGCCCCCGGCGGGGCCCGACCUGGCCCCCGAGGAGGCGCUGCCGCCGCUGGACCCCGCCGAGGUGCGGAGCCGCCUGGAGCACAGCGAGCGCCAGUUCCGCAACCGGCGGAAGGUGCUGAUCCGCGGCUUGCCGGCGGACGUGACCAACCAGGACAUCCACGAGCUGCUGAAGGACUACGAGCUCAAGUAUUGCUUCGUGGACAAGCACAAGGGCACGGCCUUCGUCACGCUGCAGACGGCCGAGCAGGCGGCGUCGGCGGUCGGCCGCCUGCAGGGCAGCGCGCUGCGGCAGCGCCCGCUGCGCGUGCAGCUGCAGCCCUCGGAGGCCGUGCUGUGCGUGGCCAACCUGCCGCGCGCGCUGCCGCAGCCGCAGUUCGAGGAGCUGCUGCGGCCCUUCGGCAGCCUGGAGCGCUGCUUCCUGGUCUACAGCCCCACAACAGGGCACUCCAAGGGCUACGGCUUCGUGGAGUUCAUGAGGCGCGACGCGGCGGCGCGGGCGCGCGGCGAGCUGCAGGGCCGGCGGCUGCAGGGCCGCAGCCUGCACGUGCACUGGGCGGACGCGGCGCAGCUCAGCGCCGAGGGGCUGCACUCGCGCUGCCUCUGCGUGGACAGGCUGCCCCCGGGGUUUUGUGACCUGCAGGGGCUCAGGGCCGCCUUCGAGAGGGUCUGCGCGCCCACCUUCUGCCAGCUGGCAGUGGGGCAGGACGGGCGGCCGCGGGGCUUCGCCGUGCUGGAGCUGGAGUCGCCCGAGGCGGCCGAGCGGGCGCAGCUGGCCACGGACGGGCUGGCGCUGGGCGGGCGCCGCAUCCGCGUGUCCUUCUGCGCCCCCGGGCCCUCGGGCCGCGGCACGCUGGCCGCGCUGCUGGCCGCGCAGGCCACGGCUCUGAACAGGGGCAGGGGGCUGCUGCCCGAGCCCACCCUGCUGCAGGUCCUGGCCAGCCUGGGCAACCCGGCCUCGCUGCAGCUGCUGCUGAACCCGCUGCUGCAGGGGGCCCUGGGGGCCAAGCAGGCAGGAAUUUUGGGAGCUGCUCCCUCGCUGCCCCUGGUGCCCAACCCAGCGCUGCCCACGGCUCUGCUGCAGCUGGCCCUGCACGGCCAGGCCCAGAAACCGGGAAUUUUGGGCGAUUCCCCGCUGAGCUCCCUGGCCCAGCCCCCCGGGAAGCUGCUGGGGGAGGUUCCCUCAGGUGCUCCCGUGCCCGGGGAGGGGGCUCAGCCCCGCGGGAAGCCCCUCCCCAAGCCCCCCCCCCAAAUCCCAGCAGGGCGAGAGCGGAGCCCCCACGGUCUCUCUCCUGGGGAGCCCCCCAAAGAUUUGAGGAUCCCCCUCAAUCCCUACCUGAACCUGCAGAGCCUCCUGCCCCCGCCAGGAAAAGGGUUUAAGGUGAAACCUGGAGUUUUGGGGACCCCCCCGGCCGACGCCUUCGCCGUGGACUUCCCGGAUUUGGGGUCCCGGAUUCUCCCCCAGCCCCGCGACCACCCCGGCUCCAUCCUGGGGGGCUUCGGGCCCGGCAGGCUCAAGGUCUCCUCCUCCUCCUCGGGCUUGGACCGGGGGGCUCUGGGACCCCCAGGGCCCCCCUUUUUCUCAGGGUCCCCCCAGCUCCUACUUCAGCAGCGGCCUCCAGGCCGGGCUCAAGCAGAGCCAGCUCAGCAAGGCCGUGCCCGUCCCCCCGAGCUCCGACCCCGUCCUGGCCUUGGCCGCGCCCGGCUCUCACCCCAAGACGCCGCAGGGCGCGCACAAGCGCGGCUCGGCGCAGCUGCUGCCCGAGCCCGAGCCCAGCCCCGAGGGCUCCUACGUGGGGCAGCACUCGCAGGGCCUGGGCGGCCACUACGCCGACUCCUACCUGAAGAGGAAGAGGAUCUUCUAGGGGGGGCACCCCGAAAAACCGCGAAGAGAGCACGAGACAACGCGGAGAAAAUCCCAGAAAAAACCCCGAGAAAAUGCUGAGAAAAUCCCAAAAAAAACCCCCAAAAAAGCCUCGAGAAAAUCCCAAAAAAAAAACCGAAAAACCACGAGAAAAUGCUGAGAAAAUCCCAAAAAAAAAACCCCAAAGGAAACCACGAGACAAUGC